GAAAAUAUAAAAUUAAUUAUUAAAAAAUCAACAAUGUUGAGAAUUACCCUGAUUGUAUUAUUGGCUGUUCACUGCUCUUACAGCGUACCCGUGAAGAGCUCAGUUACCCAAUUCUUAGGCUCGAUCGCAAACGACCCUGUUACUGAUCUCCAAAAUGACCCAUGCGCCAAAAAAUCCGACGCCGAUGCCUCCCAAUGUCUCUACCAAAAACUGCCCGACAUCGACCCUGAUAACACUCAUCCAGAGUACCGGUGCUGUAUCUCAUGGGUUGCCAACGACUGUCUGGCCUCAUCUGGCAAGGUCGAUUGCACAGCUGCUGAGUUUACCACGCUGAGAAAGAUUCUGGAUGAGAUUAUUGCCCUUGGUGAUGCCGGUGCCUGCAAAGUGUUCCCGUAUCACACCGGUAUUAAUACUUGUGCCAAAUAAAUGAAAUGUUUAAUUAAUUUAAAAAUAAAACUUUUACUUUAUAAUUAAAACUAUUUUCAAUUAUAAACCC